UUUUCGGUAUUUGAAGUUUUGUUUCAGAAACCAAAACGAAAAAACGAUAUUUAAAAGAAUUUUCAUUUUUUUAAUUUUUGAUAAAGAAUAAAAUGGGCGAAAAUAACUUGUUUUUUCAUUCGGUGGUAACAAAUAGCCGUCAUACACUUAAAAUUAGACGUGCUUUUUUGGAUUUCUUCGUGAUUCAAAUAAUGAAAGUAUACUAGCGCAAAAACAAAAAAAUAGACGCAUUUUCAAUGUCUGAAACGGGAAGUACUUCUUCUGCGCGUUUUUUUAUGGCGCGCGCACACCGUCCCCCACACAAGAGAUCGACGGCCUUAAAGUUACACUGGAAUAAACAGAGGAUGGACCAUUACGUUGUUUUUAGGAAAACUAAGAGAGUGACACUCCGGGACGAAGACAUGACUGCAGAAAAACUGGGUCGCAUCUUUCAGCGCAUUAGACCUUACACCCAGAGGUCACUAUGAAGUCCACGGAGAAGACAUGGAGUCAAUUCCAACAGCAGGUUCCAGCGGGCAGCGUUUUGCAUUUAUGCGAGCACCAGCUGUGGCAGCGUCUGCACCUUCACGUUCACAGCAGGCUACUUCAAGUUCCCCUAUGUCCUCCAAAACAUUUCAGAGAUCAGUGUACUUUGCAGAUGUAGUUGGUGGGAGGUUGAUUCCCAAUAGAAUGGUGGUUGUACGAUUCCUGGAGUCUGAGGCUACGCUUCAAGGGAUAGUAGGAAAAGUGCAAGAUGCCAUUGGUAAUUACAACCCAAUAAUUUUGACAGAUGCACAGGGCAAUGCAAUUCUGGAGUCGGAGGGCACAACAGGGUCACAGUACUGGAGACAAAAUGCACGAAAAAUUCUUGCUGUGCCUGAACAAGACUUUAAUUGCCUCCAGGGAACAAAGAGGAAGAAACUGAGCAGCCGUAAAGAUGAUGACAGUGCCAGUUUGGGAGAAGUGAGUGACAAAAUAGAAGAGUUGGUGUUGGCAUCUCAAAGUCUGCCAGCUGUCACAGCAGCAAUCAAAGAGCUCACUGAUCUUGCAGUUGCCCAGAAAGUCACAACCCCAAGCUGCAGACACUCAAGGAGGGAUUUAGCUGCGUGGUUUGUAUGAACAUCAUUGAGGAUCCAGUGUUCUCACUGUGCUGCAGAAGCAUUAUUGGCUGCAAGACAUGUGUGGAACAGUGGCAAGAGACAUCACAGCACUGUGCAAAAUGCAGGGAGAGUAACAACGGAGUUCUACAAAUUACUGGUCUAACAGCUGCAUUUUCUGUAUUGAAAUCUUUUUUUGCAGAGGAGUAAUGUAGUGUGUACACACAAAUGUUUACAGUCAGUUGAUUUUUUUUUUGUCUGUUCUGUACAGUUUACAGAUGCAGUGGUUCAUACAUUUCUCUGAGUUAUGUUUAUGAGACAGAGCAGAGCUUCUUUGUAUGGCAUAAAGUCACCAUUUACGGCUCUAAAAAACAAAUGUGAAAUAUCAGGAUAUUUUUCUGCAAAAUGACUCUCUGUUCUAAGUUUGUCCUGUUCGGUUG